UACUUGCCAUGUUAGGUAUUCAUUCUCUAGCGACUCCUCCACUGAUGUUAAAUUUCCUAAAAAAAAAAUUCCUUAACCAAUCUAAAGUCUCCUACCUUGGAUGUGGCAUACAGCUCAGCUUUGGUGAUAUCUUUGGGUCAGUUGAAUGUUUCCUUUUGGCUACCAUGGCUUAUGAUCGCUUCAUGGCAAUCUACAACCCACUACUUUAUUCCACAAAAAUGUCCACACAAGUCUGUGUCCAGUUGGUUGUGGGAUCCUAUAUAGGAGGUCUUCUCAAUGCUUCCUUUGCUAUGGUUUCCUUUUUUUCUUUUCUAUUCUGUGGCUCAAAUAGAGUUGAACAUUUUUUCUGUGAUUUUGCUCCUUUAGCUGAGCUGUCCUGUUCUGAUAUCAGUAUCUCCGUAGUUCUUGUUUCAUUUUCUGCUGGCUCAGUUACUAUGCUAACAGUGUUUAUCAUAGUCAUCUCCUAUUCCUACAUCCUUAUCACCAUCCUAAAGAUGCGUUCCACGGAGGGGCGACAGAAGGCCUUCUCCACAUGCACCUCCCAUCUCACAGCAGUCACUCUGUUCUAUGGGACAAUCACAUUUAUUUAUGUGAUGCCCAAGUCCAGCUUCUCUACUAACCAGAACAAGGUGGUGUCUGUGUUCUACAUGGUGGUCAUCCCCAUGUUGAAUCCCCUCAUCUACAGCCUCAGAAAUAAUGAGAUUAAGGAUGCCCUGAGGAGACAUCUUGGUAAGAAAACACUUUCUUAA